AUGGACAAUGACGAAAGGGCGAUGACAAUAGAUAAUGGAGAGGACCAAGGUCUGGUUCUGCCACAACGCCUGGAUGCUGUGGGUGUUUGGGACGGGAACCAGGCUACUGUCUUCCAGCACCGCGGUCCCGUAUUCCACAAAUUAGCAACGGCCAAGCGCAAAGGUGUACUUAUGCUCACGACUGAGGAGACUGUAUAUGCCUUGCUAAGAACGAAAUUCGCCCUCCUACAUGAGGAUACGCUGGAGAGAGCAACGGCAGAAGAAUUACUCUGCGGAAUAGUAGCCGCCAGAGAAUUCGAACGGCUCCUCAGGGUACAUGUCUACCUUGCAGUUAUCGCUCAGGGUAAAGUGAUUGAAAGAAUACCAAGAAAUGCCGACCCCGUCAAGUUGAAUUGCCCAUUGGAAUGCGCCGAUGGCGACGAACAGCGGCAAGAUCAAGCAGCGGCACAUGCAUCGUACCGUACAAGUGAUCCUUCACUGCAUGGAGGGACACCACCGGAUCUGGAUGAGGCAAUAAUCGGCACCCUUGCAAACAAUCCGCAGCACACUGAUAAAGAUUAUGAACACACCGGCAGUGGAUAUCGCACAUCAGCAGCGGAAUCUACUGCGCCGCAGACGCAACCCUUAUCCGCAUCCCCUCCUUGUAGCCAAAAUUUGACAGAGGGGAAACCUUGGCCAGCUACAGGAAAGCUGAAUGAUGUGUUACAAAGAAUAGAACUUGAUGGUGCGAAGUGUAUGCCGCAUGAACUCUUGCAAAAAUUCAGAGAAAUAUGCGGGACAAUAUAUCCGGUGGAGCCUGUAACGAUCUAUACCCCCAUUUUCGCUAUUGAGGGGACACCGGUAUAUGCGGUUACCGCCGAUGCUACAUGCUCCAACUUGCUAGGAAGCAGUGCGACCGCUAGCGCGUUUAACGUUAGGUGCCCCGAUGAUGGAUUGUGCCUCGACGCAUCGAGCAAUGACGUCAUAAAGGACCAUUGUGAAACGGAGGCUGUUGACAAAGAUCUGGGCCAAAUAUCGCAGUGCGAAGAACAACAGCCAGGUGUUGAAAACAGCCAUAAUGGCUGCAUCACGGAUGAUGCAGGCUCUGAAGGAGCCAAUGGGAGAUGCAUAGUAGCGGUGUCGAACUUCGACACCGUGUACUUCCUCGACCUAAAAAACAAUAUAACAUAUUAA